UUGAACCCAGGAGGUGGAGGUUGCAGUGAGCAGAGAUUGUGCCAUUGCACUCCAGCCUGGGUGACAAAAGCAAAAUUCCAUCUCAAAAAAAAAAAAUAGGAGCUAACAUCAUAAUCGAGGCUCCAAUCACAUGCUCCUGUAGGUUCCCUGAAGGUUUUCUUGCUGUAUUCUGUGCUGUUUCUUCUGUAGUUUGCAACAGCCCUGGAAUUAGUCUGUUGGCUGUACCUUGUGACUGAAACCACCAAUUCUCAACCUUCCCAUUCCCGGUUUCUGCUCCACUGGAGCAUUUCGACAGCCUGGUAACUGUACUCUCUGCCUCUGCCCCUUGUCUUUUGAGAAACUCCCCUCCUCCCAUCAUUUUAUACUCACAUCAUCUCUUAAGCAAAUAGAAAGCUCUCCUUAGAAAACGCUUUUCUAAGCAUUCUCAUUGGCAAAAAGUACAGGGGAUUAGAGUAAAUAUAAGAUAUAAAUCCCAAUGGACCCCCCAAAUGAUGGUGUUUUCUUAGUUCCUCAGCUCUAAAUGAUGGAUUCUGUCAAUCUCUACAGCCUCAUUACAGCUUCCCCUGGUAUUUGAGUCUCUCUCUAAACUGGUUGCAAUCUAUCUUUUUAACCUUUAUUUUCCCAUCAUUGCGUAUGGUUAUGCUGUUCCUCAGCCAAAUCAGGUGGCUCGUAUUGUCAGAAUAUAUCACACAAACCUGUUUGUGCUGUUUUCUUUGCCCAGAACAAUAUACACUUUUCCAUUUGUCAAAAUUCUAUUCAGCUGUCAAGGUCCAUUUCAAAAUCCUAUAAAAACUUUUUUGUGGUAGCAUAAAAUGUUGACAUCCAAGCAUAUCCAGUCCUUCCUGAGGUGGAAAUCAUAAUGAAUUAAGAGUGGGGAGAUGAGGUUUUUCUGUGGGUUGGCCUCUGUGUGACUCUGGAAAAGUCAUGUUUUCAGGCCUGUUUCCUUGUUUCUCAACGAUCCCACUUAGAAAAAAACUAAGCAGAUUCCUGUCUUUGAGACCCUCUUAACUCUCUGCAUCCCCCAUUUCUUGUCACCUGUAUGCUGGUUUGCAUUGUAGUUACUUACUUUCUUAUAUUUAUUCGUGUAUUAGGUGAUAAAAUGGCUGGACAGUGCCCUUAUUUGGCCAUGCACGUGUAUCACCCUGCAUAGGAUUGCAUACGGUAGCUGCCAUUAAUAUUUGUCGAAUGCCUAUUUAUUUAGGUUGUACUCACUACAAGGUCUGUUUGAAACACUGAGAGUGAGCACUCAACUACUGCUUUCUGACUCACUUCUUUAGACUGGUGCUCCUAAGAACUUGAGAUUUACUUUCUGUUCCUUCCCCAUAAUCACAGAGGGAGCUAUCUUCUAAUAUCUUUCCGGAAGGCACAAUGCAAGAUAAAAGUGAACAUCAUUAUUCAUAAGCAAGUUUUUGAGAGAGCAGAGAAUGCUAACAAGGUUAAAUGUCUCAAAAAAAAAUAUCUCAUAGUAAAAUAAUUUGGAGCCCUGUUUGGGACAUUCUUGAGGAAAAAAGAACUUCUUUAUUGACCCAAUAAAUUAGUUUAUUUGGGAUAUUUGGGUGUAGUUAGGAAAGAAGGAAACAAAUUAUUUUCAGUCCUUAUCUUUUGGAGAUUCACUGUGAAAUAUUUAUUGACAAAAAUGUUAUGAUGUCUGGCAUUUGCUUCAAAACAAGGCAGGUGUAGGUUGAGAGGGGGAGAGUUUGAAACAAGAUUGGCCGUAGGUUGGUAAUUGUUGAAUCUGCGUGAUGGAUAUACCAGGAUUCAUUAGAUACUUAAUUCUGUCUACUUUUGUAUUUAUCUGAAAUUUUUCUUAGUAAUGGCCUGGAAUCUUUACCCACAUAGCAUAGGCUGUAGAACGAAGCACACCUAGAUUCAAGACUGACUUUAUUACUUGUGUGUGAAUUCGGACACAUGGCCUAACCUGUCUGAAUUUGCUGUGUCCCCUGUGAAAGAAAGAUAUUGAUUAUCAUAGUUCUUUUGAGGAUUCAAAUAAACACACACACAUAUAUUGCAUGUAUACAUUUCCAUAGAUCUAUAUCACUGAUUGUGACCUAACCAGUCCAUGGAAGAGACCAAGUAGGUCAGUCAUAUUUACAGGCAAGACACUGCCUCUCAGUGCCUUGUCUCCCCACUUGCUGACGACUAAGAAGCCCUUUCUUUUCAAGGAGUUGCUUCCUGACAUUUCCAGUAAUCUCCAGAGGUGCAUACUGAAUAUAUCCCUGUGUUCUUCAGGCCUCAGUGACUAGUGGCUUCCAAGCAGACUUUUAACUUCUCAAGAACGUGUGGGGCAAAGAAGUUGGUUUCACCACUCACAUCUCUGCAGUUCUUUCGGUUUGUUGUCCACACUGUUCUAUGACAACAAAAUUGAUUCUUCCUUCUACUGUACUUCAGUCUCAGCUCUGACCCCACCAAGAUACUCUGUAAUGUGUGCAAAACACCUGGAUCAUAGUAAACUCUCAAAAAGAAAACUAGCUGCUCAUAUCACCCAGAAUCAGAAUUAUCAGCAGCAUGAAGGCAGAGGGUAUCUUGAAACAGGCCAGUGAUCUGGAGAUGAGUUUCUCUGUUUUUCUUUUGGCUGUUAAAAAAAUAUUACAUAUACCAAAUAUUAAGUGUCUUGUCUCUCUUUGAGUUAUCCUUCAUGUUAUUACAUGUUUUUGUCUAAGAUACACUAUCACUGGGAGGAGGUGAUUUAUUAAGGCCAAGAACAGGAUCAAUUUAAAAAUAUCUCAGAUGUUAUGGCCAUGGUCUAUCCUGUUCUUUCAAGUUAUGUGUGGGUGCAGCAUUAAUAACCUUGGAGAAUAAAUAACACUGCCAGUUGCAAAAUUGGAACAUGUAGAAGUUGACUGAUAACUGUAUUAUAAAUGAACCUGAAAGUGGUGGGUGUGUCCUGUAGAUCUGAGGGUGUGGUAUUACUUUAGUUAGAACUAAAAACAAACAAACAAAAAAAAAAAACUAUAAGCAAAUUUAGCUUUGUUUGGGUUCCAGUAGUUCUAAUUGUUUAAAAUUCAACUUAGCAUUCUUCCUCUUUUUGGAACAUUUAAACAGACACUGAGUCAAAUCAGAAGUAAGUGUAUAUAGACUCUUUUUGUUACUUUUUUGUUCUCAGAAAAUCACAUUAAUUUAUUUAACUAUCAUCAGUUGCCUAAAAUGGAUCAAAUAGUGAACAUUACUUUGGAAUCAUAAAUGUUUAUUAGUAGAAGGUUUCUGAUCACAAAAUCUGUAGUGUAGUAUUUCAUAUAAAAGAGCAAAAAUAAAGUAAUCCUGGGUGAUUAGGUCAAUUAAUCGUAAAAGUUAUUUUUUAUUGUUGUUCUAUCUAAAUAUUGAAAUAAUGUUGCCGUGUGUGUGUGUGUGUGUGUGUGUGUCUCCUGUGUUUGCUGACCCAGCCCAUGGGAGAAUCUGUUUCAUUUUUUCCAUGACUACCUUUGCUACCCCACCCUACAUUAGACUCUUGCUGUCAAAAGCAAAUGGGCUGGACCAUGGAUUUUUCAUGUAAAUGUUAUGCAGGUUAAUAUUUGAAUGGCUUAGACAGAAAGAGCAUUCUCCCUGCUCUCUGCUGUCGGCAUGUGUUAGAUUCAUUGACUUGAGCCAAUCUUCUACAUGAGAAUGGUGUUGAACGCGUGUGUUCUGAGAGCCUGCUGCAGUCCAGGGAACAUUCCUCACUACCAUUACCCAGACACACUUCAUCGACAGACAGUACUAUAACUUCAAGUGAUCCUGGAUUAGAAAUUCUGAAUAUGGCUACUUGUGACCUCGACAGUAAGAAGGAGGAGGAUACAAGAUCAGCUUCUCCGAUGAUAGAGGCCCAAGGCACAAGUCCAGCUCAUAUUACUGCAUUCCAAGACUCUACGAGUAAGGAUAAAACUGUAUUAAAUCUGGAAGCCAAAGAGAAACCGGAAACAAGAGAAGAACAUAAAAAAGAACGUGCUUCAGGAGAGUCUGCAGUUUCCCUUCUUCCUGUAACCACUGUGAAAUCAGUUAACUUUAGACAAAGUGACAACACUUCUGCUAAUGAGAAGGAGGUUGAGGCAGAAUUUCUCAGAUUAUCUUUGGGAUUUAAGUGUGACUGGUUUACCUUGGAGAAGAGAGUGAAGCUUGAAGAGAGGUCCCGUGACUUGGCAGAAGAAAAUUUGAAGAAAGAAAUCACUAACUGUUUAAAACUAUUAGAGUCUUUAACACCUCUGUGUGAAGAUGACAACCAGGCACAGGAAAUCAUUAAGAAGCUGGAGAAGAGUAUAAAGUUUCUUAGCCAGUGCACAGCUCGAGUGGCCAGUAGGGCUGAGAUGUUGGGAGCCAUCAAUCAGGAAAGCCGGGUUAGUAAAGCAGUUGAAGUGAUGAUUCAGCAUGUAGAAAACUUGAAGAGGAUGUAUGCCAAAGAGCAUGCUGAAUUAGAGGAACUGAAACAAGUCCUUCUGCAGAAUGAACGGUCUUUCAAUCCUCUUGAAGAUGAAGAUGACUGCCAAAUUAAAAAACGUUCAGCUUCUCUAAACUCCAAGCCAUCUUCUCUUCGAAGAGUGACUAUUGCCUCUUUACCCAGAAAUAUUGGAACUGCAGGAAUGGUGGCUGGGAUGGAAAAUAAUGACCAAUUCAGUAGGAGGUCAAGCAGUUGGCGUAUUUUGGGGUCAAAGCAGAGUGAACACCGUCCCUCAUUACCUCGAUUUAUUAGCACCUAUUCCUGGGCAGAUGCUGAAGAAGAAAAAUGUGAACUAAAAACUAAAGAUGACUCAGAGCCACCUGGAGAAGAAAUAGUAGAAAGGACAAGGAAGCCAAGUCUUUCUGAAAAGAAAAAUCAUCCAUCAAGGCGGGAUGCCUCUUCAGUUUAUGAUACGAUAGCUUCCUGGGCAACACAUCUCAAGUCCUCCAUCAGAAAGGCUAAUAAGGCCGUCUGGCUUUCUCUUGCAUUCAUUGUACUGUUUGCAGCUUUGAUGAGCUUCUUCACAGGCCGAUUCUUCCAGAAGUCUGUGGAUGCUGCUCCCACACAGGAAGAGGACUCAUGGACGUCCCUAGAACAUAUCUUGUGGCCAUUUACCAGACUCCGACACAAUGGGCCACCACCAGUGUGACAGCAGGACAUCCUAAUAAAUGGAUCUUGAUUUUGAAGUUUCAGUAUCUGAACUUUGUAAAUUAGUAACUUUUAGCUGGGAAAGUAAAGCAUGAAACCAGAGGUUCUCAGAAUGACUGUAAGAAAGCUUACAUUUCCUCUUUUUGCCUUUAUCUCCCCAACUAAAAUACAACGGGGAAGAAGUCUAUGAUCUUUGAAUGAGCUUUUUAAGGAAGAAAUAUUAUAUAUUGUUUGUUAAAUUUUACUGAAAUAAAGAAUCAUUUAAAUCUUCA